AGUCCCCAUUUACUGAGUUUAAUUGCAGGUAUCGUAGCCCCCAAGUACAGGUGGCAUUCGAUUUUUGUGUUUUUCCCUAUCGACAGCCGUUAUGUUGCCAAAAUGGGUCUAGAAUACGUAUAUUAUUUUAGUUUAGGAAAUAAAGUAAACUAAUUAAAGAAACUUUAUCCAUCAUAGCAUGGACCCGCCUCCAUUUGUCGAUGCUGAGGAGAUUCUCGGUUGUCCGGACGAGGCAGUUCGCCCUCGGAGGUUCGAGAGCGAUGUGUCGCGACCGAUCGACGUCGCCAGGAGGAUGUGGUUUGGGAGGCUCCUCCCAACUGGGACCCUAGGGUCCUUAAGUGGGACCCAGACCAUCACGUUUCGAUUAGAGGGUGGCGCGGCAUCCAUGCGUUUAUACGGCUCUGGUGACCUGCGAGCCCGUUUUGAGAGUUUGCCCGAGGUGGCAAAGGAGAUUGUAGCACUUUCCGAGAUUGACUCCCAGCUAGCGGCUCUUCAGGAUUUAUCGAGUCAGCCUGCAUCGUCAGCUUUCCUCCGUGAAUUGCUGGAGAUUUGGUGGGAUUCCACCAACACUUUUCACUUUCCAUGGGGAGAGAUGACGGUUACCCCUUUCGAUUUCUCUAUGAUUAUGGGUUUUCCUUUCGGAGGUGAGCCCGUAGUUAUAGAGUUCGUUAAGGGGUCAGACGAGAUAUUACGCGACCUUGUGGGGGACCGUCUUGCGUCGGCCCUUCACAUGUAGGCGCAGUCUUGUCCUUACUCGGUUCUU